AUGAUCUCCGAGCGCCUCCGCUGCACCCUGGCGCUGCUCUGCUUCACCGUCUUCAUCAGCUGCGCUUCCGCCGCGCCGAGCGACGCCAAACUCCGCCAGAUGCUGCAGAGGUCCCUGCUCGUGCCCACCGGGAAACAGGACGUCAUCAGAUUCACGCUAGCGGAGCUGCUUUCCGAGAUCGCGCAGGCGGAGAACGAGGCGCUCGACACGGACGCAGCGCAGGAUGACAUGCGCGUGGAGCUGGAGCGCGCCACCGACCCUGUGCUCGCGCCCCGCGAACGCAAGGCGGGAUGCAAGAAUUUCUUCUGGAAAACUUUCACGUCCUGUUAA